AGUCUUUGAGUCACAGAAAACAAGAUCUAAUGUGCGAUGCCUCAAACUAUUGGAAAUACAUUUUGUUUCCAUACAUAACGUCUUUCCAUGUUUUUCAGCCAGAAUUCAGUCUCCUAAGGCGACAUCAUCGAUAAGAUGUUUCUGAACUUCAAGAAAAGUCUGUAGCUGCAUGGCAAUGAUGAUAUGGCAGCCAAAGAAUAGCGUAUCUGGCCCAUGUAUUUAGAAUAUACAAAGCACGGUAAAACCAUAAACCUUAUUUGGCCUCGGCUGAAUAACAAGACACAGAAGAAAUAUCUGCCGUAAAUCAGCCAAAUAACAUCACAUGGUUGAAGGUCAUUCAAACUGGACCACCAUGUUCUUACAAAUCCUGUUCCUAAUAUGUUCAGUUUGUAAUACUUAUGGUGUUGCUAGUGCUGCAUCACCAUCGUGUACCAGUGAUGAAUACAGAGCUGGACAGUUCUGCUGCCUUUCAUGUCCCGGUGGAUAUAGGGUUCAUAGGGAUUGCACAGCGACAGCCAAUACAUUGUGCUCAAAGUGCCCCGAUCGUACUUUCAAAGAAGACCUUAGCGGACAGAAGCAGUGCUCUGCCUGUACAAAGUGUGUCACAGGUCAGAAGGUGAAGAAGAGGUGUACUCCAACAUCAGAUGCUGAGUGUGAGAUCCAGGAUGGAUUCUUCUGUAGUGACUCAGCAGAUAAAGACACAUUCUCAAAGGCCACAUUGUCAUGCCAACCCCAUACGAUAUGUGAUUCUGUGGGAGGGGUGCAGAUACAACCAGGAACUGAUUCAACUGAUUCUACAUGUAUUACAUAUGUGGCCAUUGUGUUCAUAAUAAUAGGAUGCAUAUGUUUCAUUAUAUCAUUAGUCCUGCGAGCAUUGUUUUAUAGAAGACUGAAAAUGGAAAGGGAUUUAACUGAAUACGAUAAUCGAAUAGAUAAGAUGUGCCAGCAGGGGGCGCUCUUUCCUCAAAAUUGGUGCUAG